CCUCAUUAAUUCUCGGCCACAGCCACUCGAAUCUGAGCUUCGACUCACUCUUCGGUUCUUCUGCAAUCAUGGCAGAAGAAGAAGGGGAGAAGGAAGUGACGCUUCUGGGAACAUGGUCGAGCCCCUUCGUUCUCAGAGUCAAAUGGGCCCUCAGAAUCAAGGGAGUCGAGUACACCUACGUCGAAGAAGACCUCCGCAACAAGAGCCCUCAGCUGUUGCAGUACAAUCCCGUCCACAAGAAGGUGCCGGUGCUGGUGCACAGGGGAAGAGCCAUCGCAGAGUCCUCUGUCAUCCUCCACUACAUCGACGAAGCUUGGCCGCACCACCCCUUGCUGCCCCACCACCCCUACGAGAAGGCCAUGGCACGCUUCUGGUGCAAAUUCGAGGACGACAAGUUAUCGCCUCCGCUGUGGCGCGUUUUGACCACACAAGCAGAGGAGCAGAGGGAAGCGCAGGCGUCGGCGAUCGAGAGCCUCGGGCUAUUGGAGAAUGAACUCGAAGGGAAGAAAUUCUUCGGAGGGCAAACUAUUGGUCUCGUGGACGUUUGGUUCGGUGCCCUGGCGUACAUAAUUCCGAUUUAUGAGGAGAUCACUGGAUUGAAGCUGGUGGAGCAGAGAAAGCUUCCACGGCUCUGCAGAUGGAUGGAGGAGUUCUUGAGCUCGCCGGCGGUGGAAGGCACUUUGCCACCAAAGGAUAUGUUGCUGCCCAGGUAUGCUGCGAUGCGCGAAGCAUUCUUGGCGAAAGCGAAACGACCUGAGCAGCAGUGAUUCUGAUUCAGUUAAAUCUUUGCUGUUCUUGCAAGCACUGAAGAAUCUUUUCUUUUCUACUAUAUUUUGAGAAAGUGAUCAGUAUUCUUGAAAAAUAUGUUCGUCCUAGCAUUCUUGUUAAUCCGUCCUAGAGUCAACACGGAGGAGAUAAAUCACGGAUGAUUGAGCCAAUAUGAAAAAGGUAAAUCAUGGAUGAUUAUUAACUUUUGAAAUAAUGACUAACGCAUAUGUGAGACAUUUACCUCGACUAUGUCGAAAUUCGAAUUCCAGAUUUUAUGA